CCAUUCGUGUUUCGAAUUCUCUCGCGUGUUUUAGGAACAAAAUGAUGCGUUUGUUACGCGAAAAUAUGGCUAUCUGCUACGGUCGUCCAAGUGCAUAAACGCAUCGUCCUCUCAAGGCAUAGCGUGCAGAAUACGGUAGUGCUCUAGAUGUUAUCCAAGGUUUAGUUAAGGUUUCCGAUUGCUGCAAAUUUGUUUGGUAGCAGCUGUUAAAUCUGUUUGACAAAUCAAGCGGUGCAAUAGUGAGUGCAUGUUUUUUUGUUAACAAUGGCUGGCAGAGCAAUAGCAAGUUUUAAGAUAGCAUUGGUGUAUUAUUCCGUGUUUGACAGUGCCCAAGAGGACCAGGAAAUGUGUUUCUUGAAGUGUUUUGAGAAACAUAACACAUUGUAACGAUUUAUCUUCGAAGCAUCUUAGUUGAAUGAAAUGCAUACAGUGUACGCUGUAUGUGAAUGCCUGGCGUGUUGCGAUGGUGUUAGAUGGAAGUGUAACAUUUAAGCCUUUUUUCGGUACAUUUUUUCGUAUUCAGCAAAGUGAGCGUUUUUCUAGUGCUAUUAGUUACGUCGCUUUGCUUCAAGGCAACGAGUCAGCAUAAUCUCCAUCGAACCGGCACCUUAUCUCACUCCCCAAGCGGACGAGGUGGGAAAACGCAUCAAAUAUCCAUCCACACACACAAAAACACACAUCAUGCGAGUUUCAGCGUAAAACCCUCACCGUAAUGCGAUACAGCAAGCAUCUUGCCUUUUUAAGCAACCAACGCAGGAGAAACGGAGACCAAUAAUUCCGCAACGAAGAAAGAAAAAAACAAAACGCGUUCGAAAGUUAAAUUAUCGGCAUAAAUGCAUGCGUGCAACGGCCGAACCUGAAGUGCAUGCAAACAGGUGUGCGAACCGAAGCCAAACAUCGACGCAGCGUUUUUCUAUAAUGAAAAGGAACGGAACCGAUGAGGACAAAUCGGUGGCUCAUUGUUAUAAACCAUAGAGCGCUAAAAACAAGGAAAAGCGGGGAAAGGAGAGACCAGCUCUACUAGUUCCUUCUGGGGACUUACAUACAUGCACCAGAAACAUCAAAAAGGAUAAGAAAUGAAUCAAGAAGUAGCUUUUCCUUUCGCUCUACUCGAUCCCGUUACCUGCAGAAUACAGAAGAAGAAGCCACAACAUACUGGCAGAAGAAAAUGCGAAACAGUCGCCACAAAAUGUUGCAAAUUGCAAAGAGUAUCACAACUCUGCCUGUCUUGCCUGUUCCCUCGGCAAACCCUUCACCUGUUCAAUAAGAACAAGAGAGUGUAGUGCAAAAUGAGGCCAACGCACGUACAAAACAAGGAAUAAGGUAAAAAAAGGAAACAACAGAUAGAGAGAAGGAAAGGAGAAGAAAGUCGCUGAAGUUUGGAAGGAUGGAUCGUUCGUUUCGUUCCCAUUGCGUGCCCUUUUUGGCACACCAAGCCCAUUAAAGACAUGGAAUACGGACAUCGUUGGGACGCAUGAUGAUCCCGAUUUUUUUCCCCUGUAUUUCGUUUACAUCUCCUAUCUAACAUCUACCUCCCACGACACUCUAACCACGUAGCUGGCUCGGCACAAGGAUAGCGCCGGUGCCGGUGGCCGAAAUUGCAAAGUGCCUCCAACGUCCGAAGCGCUCACGAAUGUGAAAUCUUGAUCAUAGAAAGAAUCGGCUUCCCUUUUAUUGCACUGGAUUGUGUGCGAAACGUAGGAAGCAAACACGAUCGCUCCAAGCGAGUAUCAGCGAAAAGGAAAUGAAACCAAAAAAGAAACAUCUACGAAACACGAUCAGUAGGAAGAGGUUUUUAUUGUGUGUAACCCGUAUUUUUCGUUGUUUUGGUUUUAGCUUGAUAGUUUCCGUCGACCAGUUGCAACCUAAGAGCGUGCUUUCUGGCAAUGCUGCAGAAGAAACUGCAAAUUGGAAAAGAUGUCUCUUUCGGUCCCAGCACAUAUUUGCGUUAAGAGCGCGAUCGAAAGGCAUGGCGUUGUUGCUUUUCAUGCAUUGGAAAUGCUUAGCGGUGUGUCCGUCAAAUUAUUUGCGAUCGCGUACGAUCGUCUUACUUUUGGGGUGGUUUUUUUUUUGCUGCUCGGCAUUUAGUUGGUUGGAUUUUAGUAAGUUUUGCUUUGAAAAAGUUAUUACCCCAAUGGGUUGUUCGGAACAUAUACACCCGCACAAUUUGUGUGGGCCGUUGCCAACGGGUGGCAAGCAAACUGGCAACUAACUAGAGGAGGGGAAGGUUUUAGGCCGAAAGAUUGGUCAUAGCGAGUUGCAGAUUGAGAUCGCGAACGCCGGAUUGUUGGUGGGAUCAAGUUUUUCUGUUUCUUUUACUACGCUUUUUUUUGUUUGUUUGUGUGUCUUGUGUCUACCAAUUGUUACUGACUUUCGUGAUCAAUGGAGCGUGAAUUGUCUGUGCAAUCGUGUGUAAUUUGUACAGCGUCGAACAAAACAAAUGAAAUCAUUUACUAAUUCAGCAAUAUACAUGUUUUUUCCUUCGUUUUCAUGAAACGUUACCUUUUCUUUAGACAUUUUUUUUAAACACUUUUCUACAUUCUUAGCUUGGGAGCAUAUUUUGCUCAAAGACAUGAUGCGUUGAAGGAAUCAAUGCGAAUGAAUUAUUUGAUUAGAUGUUACAUUUUCUACUUCAGUAAGCAUACAUUACAAUGUAUGCGGUGAUUGCCUGAGGUCUCCUUACGGCCGCUUUUGAAGCCUCAUCACACAUUGCGCGGUUUUCAUACACUAGUCAUGAUGUAAUUGGUGCUUAAACACAAGAAAUAUGUGUUUUUUUACGUGUAUUUGGUCUAUGAUUUUGUUAACCGGUACUGGUGAAAUGAACAUAUUGAAUAUUGAAUGCAGUAGGAAAUAUUUAAAACCAUUCCAUGUUUGCUAUCACAAAUUAAACAAAAAACUAGACUAAACGUAACGAAUAGGGGCAAAACAAAUAAUGAUAAGAAACUGUCAGCCGGUGGGAAAAAUGGAGAAUGUGAAACCACCGGUGUCUCGUUAACCCCUUAACCCAAACCUCGGGCAAAUGUUUCGUUGUUAAAUUUUAGUCCCCCUGUUCUUUGAAUGCAACGCCACACUGAGAGGAAGUGCGAAUGUAAGUGAAUGUGCAUUCGUGUAGCUGAAGUCGUUUUAUUUUGGAACGAGAAAAGAUCAUUUUGGCUGGUCGACAUCGUCCGACGUGACACGGACAAGUGUCGCAUCCCGCAGAAGAUCAUCAAGAUGAUGAUGGUAGCGAACGGUGGGGAUCGGUGGAGCAAUCGAAACAACGUCCAGGCAUAUGGCGAUCAACGGAACCACUCCAAGACACUGGUCCCGAAUAAGACAGGUCGCCGACAGGGCGCGAAUGUGUGCAAAAUUUUCGCUUCUGAUCAUCCAAUGUGGAAGACAACGAAACGUGGUAGAAGACACAUAACUGCUCCCACCUGCAGGUCGCGGCCCAAACCCGUCGCACGAACGUGCGAAUCGCGGAUAGGAAACUUGAUCUUUGUUUGGUAUUAAUUCUCCUUCGCAUGUAUGCUUUUUGUAGAAAGAUUGGCAAAACGAACGAGCAGCACACACAAAAAGGCCCAUUACUACUACCGAGGCCCUAUUUCGUAUGCCGCCUCGUAGAUGGGGCGCGGAGAACAGCCAGACUGGGAGGGCACACAUACACUAAAACACGUACGACCGGCAAGAGGUGCAACGGACACGGCAGGCUGCGGACGGGACACGGGAAGCUAUGUUGCUCAUUAAUGCAUUUUGAUGCUUUUUCUUCUGCCGGGCGAAGUGGAAAACCGAGUGACCUCGCCAGAGCAAAAAGGGACCUCGGUGUGUGUAUAUUGAACGCCAGUUCAUCAUAUCGACAGUUUGCUGGAAGCUUUCGCGGAUAGCAUACACCUACCAUCCCUGGUUUGUGGAGUGCCGCGCUCGCACCGUACCACACUAGUGAUCUGAAUCGCGCAAACGCCAAGAAAUGAACCGGUAAAACGGAAAAAGAAACCGCACGUACCUGGAAAGGAGGGAAGCGCGGUGUGAGUACGGGAAUACGAGGGCAAACAGAAAUUUGCCAACGGUAGAAAAUGAAGUCAAAAGAGGGCUGGUAGCACCAAUAAGUGUGUGUGUGCGUGUGGUUGGAUCGAUUUGAGCAGGGAACAGGAAGAGUAGAGAGGAUCUGAUCUCGUUGAGCAGCAGCAGCGCCAUCGGGUGCAAUAGCUACUAGCGGGAUAAAGCUCCUGGGGCAGUCCCUUCCGCGGCCUUCAUCGCCACGCGAAACGAAGAGAAGUGAGCGAAACCCGAUAAAAGAGGAAAAGCGUAUAAAUCAACAUUGCGUUCACUUUGGAGGUUGCAUGCGAAGACCGAUCACCGUGUGAAGGGGUGGACGCAUUUUGAAAUGAACUCUGGUGGCCAGCAGCAGCCACCAACAGCAGUGCGAACGUGCGAAAAUGGAGUGAAGCGGAACAACCAACACACACUAUCACGAGCAGAAAAACCACGGGUGCAGCCCCCAAGCUUGGCCAUGAUGGAAAGCGAUCGUGCCGGGUGUAGCGGGUAUUCGAUCGAGAUAUCCGUGUAAAAAGGUAUCGACGGAGAGAGAAGACGUUACGGAGAUAGGCCGAUCGGAUGUGUGUGCUCUGGACUCUCGGCGUCUUUGCGUCGACAACAUGAGGAAACGCAACCGAAACCGAUCUCUUGCUGAUCAUCGCCGAUCAGUGUGCGUGCGUACGGUUCGGACAUGUUUGUAAGUUUUCAGAGUUUUCUUUAACGGAAGUGCAGUGCUGUUGAUGGGCACAGUUGUUGAAGAAUUAAUUUUCGUUACUCACGAGGUGAUAAGCUUGGCGGAAUGUUGCCAACCUGCUAUCUGUUGCUCUGCCUUGCCGUUGCCAAACAUUAAUGUGCUUACCAUCUACUUUUCCAUUUGGUGGAUGUACUGACGUUUUUUUUAAAGCGAUUUCGAAAAAUAAACUACAACUAGUUGCAAACAACCGUAGGGGUUGGUAAAUGAGUUGAGUAGAAAGACUCUAAGAAAUGUUGGUUCGUGCUACUGACAACCGUGACAUUAUUUAUGACCCGUUCCAUGCUUCCCUUUUGGAUCUAGGUAGUUUGUUUUUGAUAGGUGCGAUCAUCGGUAGUGGAACGCUUAUCAACGAUCGUGAUACGGUCUUGCGGUCUUGAUAUGGUGUUAAGUGUUAAGUGUGCAGUGUUUCUUAAGCAUCGCAGAAAGUGGUGAUAGCAAUAAGUGCUCCCUUCGUCUAGGAAUAUAUUAAACACUAGCGUCCAGUUGUGGCCAGAGACGUCAGUGUCUGACGGCUGUGGCCACACACAUACACACCACAGAAACACAUCACAACAAUUUCUUCAUCCUUCGUUUUCCGGACGAACUAGAUACAAGAUCACCGCCGGUUAGUUUGUGCAUGUGUGUUUCUGUGUCGACGAUUGCCAGCAGUGUGGGCUAGCAGCAAUGGGUUACGAUUUGGCCCGAUUUCAGGGCGAUGUUGACGAAGAACUGAUCUGUCCCAUAUGUUCCGGUGUGCUCGAGGAACCGCUACAGGCCGUUGCCUGCGAACAUGCAUUUUGUCGCGGGUGUAUCACCGAAUGGCUGUCACGACAACCGACGUGCCCAGUCGAUCGGAAUCCCAUUACAAACAAUAACCUGCGCGCUGUGCCAAGAAUCCUUCGAAAUUUGCUCUCUCGGCUUAACAUAACCUGCGAGAACGCCAUGUACGGCUGCACGCUCGUGCUGAAGCUGGACACACUAGCAGCCCACAUUGAGGAGUGCGAGCACAAUCCGAAGCGGCCACUACCGUGCGAGAAAGGGUGUGGAUUCGUCAUACCGAAGGAUGAGUACAAGGAUCACAACUGUUUCCGGGAGCUGCGAUCGUUGGUACACAGCCAGCAGCAGAAGAUGGGCGAGCUGAAAAACGAAAUCAACGAUCAAAAUUUGGUGAUAAAUGAGUUAAAGCGGGAGCUGAAUUUGGUGAAAGAUUUUAUGCGGGCCAUGCGUGUUUCGAAUCCCGCCAUGCGUGCCAUUGCGGAUCAGAUGGAGCGAGAUGAGGUGAUGCGAUGGUGUAACGGGUUGGCAAGGGCCCGGGUGACACGCUGGGGCGGUAUGAUCUCUACGCCGGAUGAUGCAUUACAGCUCAUGAUCAAGCGAGCACUUUCGGAGUCAGGUUGUCCACCGCACAUAUUGGACGAUCUGAUGGAAAAUUGCCACGAACGUCGGUGGCCCCGCGGUCUCAGUUCAUUAGAAACGCGACAAAACAAUCGACGGAUAUAUGAAAACUACAUCUGUCGGAGGGUGCCGGGUAAACAAGCGGUUCUGGUUUUGCAAUGCGACAACACGCAUAUGAACGAGGACGUUAUGGUAGAACCGGGACUGGUGAUGAUAUUUGCUCAUGGUAUCGAAUAGUUAGCGGGCGGGGAGUCGACUAGCACCAACUACUGAAGGCGUCUGGAAGAAGCCUCAAUAUUUGAACACUCUAGUAAACUCAACGCAUUACGAUACAUGCUGGCAAUUGGAUUGUAUAUCUCCCCGCCCGCCAGUCUAUCCAUCGUCCAUGUGUGUGUGUGUAUUUUUUUUGUUCGUUUGUUUGUACGUUUACGUUUCGUUGCUGAUAACAACUAAUACGACUGUUGAUCUCGGAGUGGAUUUUGGUAACCAGAAUCCGUUCCUUUCUACUAGCUGAGUGCCAGAGACUCAGUCACUGAAGAGAGUGAUCACUCUUCCGUUGCGCAGCAUCCCAAACAAGCUGAUCAGAGCUUUAUGUAUAAAAAAUAGGUACGAACAGCUGUCUGGUACUUACAGCCUUUAUUUUAAGCAAUCCAAAGUGAUCGAACUCUCUCAUUUGAUUUAAAAUUUAACUUAACCGACAACUUAACCAGAUCGGACAAUCGGAUGCUUGAAAAAAAAAAGUUAAACACUCUACAUUUGUGAUUUGAUUGCAGUUCGGUUUACGUUCAUCGCGAGAGUGUACUAAAGAAAGGAAGCAAGUUGUAUUGUAAAGCCAAAAGUAUAUACGCUAACAUCACUUUUCUACUCCCUAUUUGCACCUAUCGAAGGUGAUUAGACAGAUGCAUUAUUGCGCUGACGGAUAUUUAAAUCGUUGGAAGAAUGUUCUAACGGUUGCUGAGUGAUAGGAUUUAAAUUGUUUCACUUUUCCACGCCAUAAUCCUCGUGAACAUUAGGCCGGGAAAGUAAAUUGCAUUUUACUUUCUAAAUCUCUAGUUAUUAUCAUCAAGACGAUCCCGUUAAUUGAUUUAAAAUUCAUUUGCUAAAAUGGCUUAAGAUAGACCCAAGUUGGAAUAUGCAGUACUACUAUUCAAUUAGCAAAUAGUGUUUCCUGGCCGGUAAACAAAAGCUCCCCGCGCAACAACUUGUAUCAUGUUAUUUGCUUACAUUAUGCGUUGUUAUUAUAAUUAUAAUGAAACCCCGAUCCGGCAAAACAAGAGCGCAUUUCAUUUAGCGUUUGUGUGAUAAGUUACAAGUAGGAAGAGAAAGGAACUGCCCACCGGUGUUAUCAGGCCGGGCAGGAUGUUCUUCCGUUUGUUUCGCAGUUCGACAAGCGACAAGUAUCGGUCGACCAGCGGAACAGCUCUUUUGUUAGUGACUAAAUACUGUAUUCACCUCUUUAUUAAACACUAAACGAUAAUUAGAGCAGGAAUUCGAUGGCAUGGAGUGAAUUUGUGUACGUGAUUUUGUGUGAAUGGUUUUUUUUGGUUGCAUGCGUUGCAUUUGAGAGUGUGCAUGAAUGUGGUGUGAAGGAGGAACAUAGAUUAGUGGAAUGGAAGUAUCCGUGAUUCUGUGCUGAAAAUAAAAUUGUCGAAAAACACAAGUGAAUAAAUGUACGCUUGCCAAAGCGUUGAAAAAGUCGAACAA